GCACUCCAUCAAGUUGAUUGUCUGCCUACUUACUUGGGUAGUUUGGAAAAGACGCCAACGCAAUGUACGAACCAACAUCGAAAGAGUGGACCGAUGUCUAUCUGAACGAAGCAAUUAGUCUUCUACUUAUCGCCACGUGCCCCUUAUUUCUCCUCUUUUACUGGAUCACGUACCAGGAUUUUGGCGUUUCGAUUUCAUCAAGCGCAGAAGCUUUGAUCUCUGACGGUAUACUUAACUUCCUAGCGCGCUGUCCACGUCCAACAAUAGCCUCUACCACGACGUAUGCGGCCUGGGUCCUUUCGCAAGCAGCUCUGUAUCACGCCCUGCCUGGUCCGCUUCAUCGGGGGCCACGAACUCCCGGGGGAAGACAACUGUUGUACAGGUUAAAUGGAUUUUAUGCCUGGAUUCUUACCAUUGGCAUCACUGCAGUGGCGACAUUUUGCAGGCUGAUUGACCCAACGUAUAUCGCCAGACACUGGGGUGAUCUUCUUGCAACCGCAAAUGUGUACUGUGUUGCACUUAUCGUUAUUUUUUACGUCAAGGCUCGUCUUAAGCCAGAUAACGCCGGCGAGACAUUACUCACAGGUCAUUUCUGGUAUGACUUGUUCAAUGGAGGGGAGCUCCAUCCCCGAACGGGGGUCUUGUUUGAUUGGAAGCACUUCAAUGCCAGUCGAACGGGAGGACUUUUGCUCUGGACCUUAAUGUUCUUUGAAACACUGGAUGGGGCGCAUGAGCGUUUCUCUUUUUACAGCAUUUAUGGCUUUGCUGCCAUUAUGCCACAAAUCUGGACACUCCAAACUCAGUAUCUUGUCCGCUACCCGGUAGACCUGUCCAACGCGAUGGCCAUAGCCGUGACCACUGCCUUCGCUGCGGGGUGGGCCCUGAAUCACGAUGCAAAUCGUCAGAAAAGCAAAUGCCGAGAAACGGCUGGUAAUUACCUCAUCUGGGGGAAGGAGGCUCAGUUCCUUGAAGCAACUUAUCAGACGGCGGACGGGAAGAAACACCGCACCGUCUUAUUACACUCAGGAUGGUGGGGAAUAGUGCGUCACGCCAACUACGUCGGAAGCCUCCUAUAUACUUGGGCCUCUUGCGCGGCUUGUGGAGCUGGACACUUCUUCCCAUACACCGAAGCACUUCUUGUGACGGCUACGGUUAUACACCGUUGCUUCCGUGACGAAGCGAGGUGUAAGGAGAAGUACGGGGACACGUGGGAUGAGUACUGCAGGAUUGUGAAGUGGAGAAUGAUUCCAGGAAUAUUUUAG